AUGAGUAGCAAAACCCCCCGACCCACCCGCCGCUACCCUCCCGCUACCUUAAAAUCCGCAAACGCCGCCACUUCACCCGAAACACCUACCCCACGCUUUCCCCCCCGAGAAAAACACUUCAUCGCGACCCCCUUUUAUACCAUCGAAGCACGAGCUCGGUCAUUUGAGGGGCAACUGCUCAAUGGCGUCACUCCGCUCCAACUGGCGCGAAACGGCUUCUACUAUGAACCGAACGGACCUUUCAGUGACAUGGCGUGCUGCUUUGCUUGUCAGGCAUUCGUACGCCUGGGAAGCUUCCAGCGCCAAACUCUCCAAGAAAGACAGAAACUACAUGCCAACGACUGCGUAUGGAAGGUCAUCUACGACGAACUGAAACGAGCUCUCGAAUCUACCGAAAUACCCCAUCCUUCAACCAACGCUCUCCCUCCACCUAGACAGCCAAUUUCCAGCCACCAUCCUUCUAUAGAAAAUGAGCCACCCAAGAAGACAACCAUCGACGCCAGCACACAGACACUAGCCCAAUCAACUUCAACCGUGCCCACCACAGCACAGAAACCUUCGAACUCCAACCCCGAAUCCCGCGCUCAAGCUACACUUGCCACGACCGACCCAGAGCCUCAACAACCUCCAACAGCUCAUUCUCCCCAGCCUCAUCAAACGACACCGUCCAUCACUUCCUCGCCCCAGACCAAACAAACAACCUAUGCUUCCGUCCUCCAGCGACCUGUCACAUCCAUACCGCAACCAACUCCUCCAGUGCAAGAACCUUUUCUUCCCGCCAAACCCAUACUCACAAUUGAAGAUCUUCAUCUCCGUUUUCACAAUAAACCGUCACCGUUCCAGCUCGAGAAUGAGACAAGCCAACGCCCACUCAAACGAACUCGGAACAAAACCGCAUCUGUCACACAGUCACUGUCCAGAUUCUUAGCUUCUGCUUUGCCCGCGUUCUCGCGGUUCCUAACAGGGAUGCAGCCAAAAUCAGAUACGUCGUAUCCGUCUCAUCCGCAAUUCCACUAUAGCCGCGCCAUGAGGGCAGCCUAA